UUGCUCCCUUUCUUUACGGUCUACUCUGCUGGAGGACAGUGACGGAGGAGGGUGGAGUCCACCUCUAUGUGUCUUUUCGGACAAAACAACCCAUGUCACAGCACUGAACCGUCCUGGAACACGUAGUACUCUCCGAAAUUUUCCUGCCUCGACAAAUAAAUGCUCAGCAUAGGCAUCAGAGAAAUAAAACACGCGAAAAACAAGGACCAUUUUGCAAACGGAAACAAAAGCGCAUUGGCCAUACAGCGCACGGAGCCUCUCAAUGCAUACCCUCUGUGCCCGAGGAACGAUGAAACCAGAGAUAAACGCCGCCGUCGGGUUUCUGUCGAGAUUCCUGCGGAUUAAAGGACAUGUGAACGACAGACAGCUCCAGACGUUUAGCCAGACUCUACAGGACAUCCUGGCAGAGCAAUACAAGCACCACUGGUUCCCAGACCGUCCCAACAAAGGUUCUGGGUAUCGCUGCAUACGCAUCAACCACAAGAUGGACCCUCUGGUGGGACAGGCCGGCCAGCGCAUUGGCCUGAGCAUCCAGCAACUCUACCUGCUGCUUCCCAGUGAGCUUACAUUGUGGGUCGACCCAUUCGAAGUGUCCUACCGCAUCGGAGAGGACGGCUCGAUCUGCGUGCUCUACGAGUCCCACCCCAGCACCAACGGAAACCCCAGCGUCACCACUGGAAAUGGCAACCCCGCCUCCUCUGUCACCCAGGUAUCCCCGAUGGUGGACAGUCACAUCAGCUGUAAGGAGGAACUACUGGUUUUGGGUCAUACCAGCCCUGCUAAACCCUACAUGAUGACUGUGUCCAGCUAAAUGGGUCACAGAAGUCAUUUUUCAAACAUAAAAAAAGAGAAAGGAGAAGGAGAAGAAGAAGAAGAAGAAAAAAAACAGGAUGUGUCCUAUCAUCCAGGUGAUGGAAACCUCGUAGGUUUAAUUUUCACUCGUUUGGUUGUCUGUUAUUGUGUUGGAUCUACCAGAGGCUUGACCCUGGGGCAGCUAAUGAAGACCUGAAACAUCGCCCGGCCCCCCAGCUCACAGAGACUGGCCCACUCCCACGUCGGCGGUCCUGGGGGGGCUGUUUCCACCAUCGUCUGCCGAUGUUGACUUUGCACUUUCGCUUUCACUGUUUGUUAUCACUUAAACGCAAACUCCCUCUAAAAUGUUAAGGAAUUAUUUUCAGAAUCCUGUUUUAUCAUUUCACCGUUCACUGUCGAACUGAAGCCCAGACCUGCUGGCAGCCAUUCCGGACCAGAGUAUCCGCUACAAGCCUCUUUUUUUUUUAUUUUUUUAAACCUCACUUUUUUUGGACCACAAAGCGGUACUUUUGUCUCUUUUCUCGGUGUCUGGUAUGCAACCAGGCCUUAUUUUGAGCUUCAGGUCGACAUGAACCGGUUUCAAACAGCCUCCAUCCUGUACACUGCCGCGGUGGAAUACCUGUGUCAUACUGUUACCCGCGCUAGCCGUGGAUGGCACUGUGACGCAGACGUUCUCAUGCUUGUAGCUUUUUCUAGGGGCUCCCUCCUGGAUGAAUGUAAUUUCUAACAAAAAAGAGAGAAAAAAAAAAAAUCUAAUGCAGACAAAACAUUUGAAUUAUUUAAGCCCCUCGUCAUACCAAAAUGAAAGAUGUAGCAAAGUAUUUUUUUUUUUUACUUUGAGCAGAUGUGGUCUUUACUUUCUGCCUGAUUUAGAAAGGACGUUGAAUGCACUUUGACAUUUUAGACUGUGUGUGACGUUUCGAUUCGACCUAGCUGCAUUCCAUCGCGUACCUCCUCAUUCAGUUGUCACAGAGCAACGUGGUUGCAAUAUUUCUGAAGGUGAGAGAGACAUUUCAAUCCUGGAUUGAUCUCUCUCUCUCUCUUUUAUCCUUUCGAAUGACUGAUUCAGGCUGUUAGAGAUUAGUUCUCCAUCUAUUGGACUCCAUUUAAGGCCAGUACAUGGCAAGAGUCAACAGACCAGCAAGAAACGGCAUCAAAAAACAGACCAAUGUUGCCCAUCUUCUCGCAGAAUCGCAGGGCCAGUGAUGCUCGCUUGUUACAGAGGGUCUCCCGAUGCACUUUCCAGCCAGUCGUCACCGGUCUCAGUCUUAACUAGGAGUGCGCCGUCAAAACAUAUCACCUCCCUCCCUAAGCCUGUCGAAGGAGGGGGUAGGACCCUCACAUCAGGGCAGCUACAAUCCUCUCCGGCCCCCUUCUCGCAGUCUGCAGGAGAGUUUUUAUGCCAGCACACAUACCGAGCGCACUCCAAAACCUACUGAGCCUUACGUACAGGGCCGAGUAGGGACGGGGAGAGACAUACGGUGUGCUCCUGGUUCUGGACGAUUCUGUUUACAUUGGCGUGAGUGGGCGGAAAUAAGCUGGUUGCAGGCUUUGUGUGCGACAGACUGCUCUUGCCUUAGCCGCUAAACUGCAGAGACAAGGUGCUGAUUAUCAGUCCUAUGUGUGCUACUACUUUCGACCCUAGAGGACCAUGGGUAACGCCGGGUUGUCGAUGCACUGUCGUCCCUUUCUGUGUUGUUUUGGUCUAUUUUAGAGAGGCAGAAAGGCGUUUUUAAAUUAAAUUUUAAGUACGGGUCGAACCUUGAUAUUUGGACUCAGUUCGCCAUCCCACCCUUCUGAAUGCUUUGAACUCUGAGAGGCGGCCCCCUUUGCCUGAUGGUUUUAAUAUUAAAGCUUUUUAACCUCAUUCUGGUGAUCGUAACCAAGUUGGAACAGACAAAUCGAGUGCUUUUUAGAUCUGCAGCUUUUAAACUGCUUCAAACUACUUUACCCCCUCCCCCACCUCCACUGAAAUAACAUCAGCAAACCAUUUCCACUCUCCGUUUCAGUUCGGUAAGCAUUUGCACACAAGUUUUAAGUAUCGUCGUGAGUCUAAACUCAAGUCUACUCUGAGGCAAGAGCACAUGAAAUGCACUAAUAGGUUAAACAUUGAAGUUGUGUGACUUUGAGACCGAUGUGUCUUGAUUGGAAUGUAUUGCCAAGCUUAGGCCACAGACAUUCAUUGAAACUCUUAUGGAUGUGCAGGUUAAAAUGUGAAAAACAGAAGGGAAUUAUUCGGUUGGGAAUUUUGUCGAUCAUUUCAGAAGUGAUUCACGUUAUUGCCACUUUCGCAUCUGAGGUGGUUCCAUAUUUGUAGAAUGUAUUGUUAUUGUACAACAUAUAGUAGAGUAAGUACAUAACCAUACAUAUGGGAAGUGCCAAUAAUUUAUAUUUUGCUGUGUGUAGACGUGUUCCUUUUUGUAUUUCAUAUUUUAACAUGAAUUCCUCUUUCAUAAGUGAAGCCAUUUGUGUUAGGAGUGUUGGAGAGGACCAAAGUUGUUUUGGUAAAAAAAAAAUAUAUAUAUUGAUCAGUUUCCAUGCUCUGUGCUGAUAGACUUUCCUUGUUUUUUCCCUCUUAUCUUUUCUUUCUUUCUUUCUUUUUUUAAAAAAAAAAAAAAGAAAAAGAAAAAAUUCUGAGCAACCCAAGAUAAAGCUGUCUGUAUCUUGUGAUUUUUUCUGUCUGUACAUCUCUUGUGUUCAUUCUUUUUCCUCAUUCUUGGGUAUGUUGUGAUGAACUGCUGUAAAUUUGUACAGUUCAUGUAAAUUGAUUGUGCGGAAGUUGUACAGAUUUCUAUAUUUUGGAAGAAAAGUUUUUUUUCUCUGUAAUAAAAGAUUUCCUAUCUUGGCAA